AUGGCCGAGACGGAGCGUCCCGAGGAGGCGGCCCGGCUCUGGCGAGACGCCGCCCUGCGCGCCAGGAAGCUGCGCAGCGACCUCCAGCAGCUGGAACUCGAGCUGGGCUCCGCCCGGGAGGAGAGCGGCCCCGAGGCAGAGCCGGAGCUGAAGUCCUCGCCGCCGCCGCCGCCGCCGCCGCCCUCGCCCUCGCCGCUGGAGACGCUGAACCUGAGCGGGCGCGGCCUGGAGGAGCUGCCCGAGGGGCUGUGCGCCGCCGUGGGCAGCAGCCUGAGCGUCCUCUCGAUGCGCAGGAACCGGCUCACGCAGCUGCCCUCGGCCGCCGCCCUUCGGCACCUGGGCCGCUUGGCCGAGCUCGACCUCAGCCACAACCGCCUGCGCUGCCUGCGCGACGACGGCCAGGCGCUGGCGCUGCUGCGCGGGCUGCGGAAGCUCAGCUUCAGCCACAACCAGCUGGGGGCCAGCGGCGACGGCGCGCUGCCCGCCGGCCUGGGCGAGCUGCGGCAGCUGGAGGAGCUGGACUUGAGCUUCAACCGCCUCUGCCACCUGCCCGAGGAGGCCCUGGCCCGCCUGCAGCAGCUCCGCACCCUCGAUGUGGACCACAACCAGCUGCCUGCCUUCCCUUCGGUACUGUUGGGACUAGGCGCGCUGGAGGAGCUGGACUGCUCCGGCAACCGACUCCUGCGGGCUCUGCCCGAGGGCAUCUCAGCUCUGCGGCGUCUGAAAAUCUUGUGGCUCAGUGGCACAGGCUUGGCAGCCCUGCCUGAGGGCUUGUGCCAGCUGGGCGCCUUGGAGAGCCUCAUGCUGGACGGGAAUCGCCUCAGAGGCCUGCCAGCUGGCUUUGGCAGCCUGCAGCGCCUCAAGAUGCUGAACCUCUCCUCCAACCUGCUGUCCGACUUCCCCGCAGCUGUGCUGGCCCUGUCGGGCUUGGAGGAGCUCUACCUGAGUCGCAACCAGCUCACCGUGCUGCCUGCUGGACUUAGCCAGCUCUGCCAGCUCCGUACCCUGUGGCUGGACAACAACCGCAUCCGCUACCUGCCGGACUCUAUUGUCCAGCUGCAUCAGCUGGAGGAGCUGGUGCUGCAGGGCAACCAGAUUGCCAUCCUGCCAGAGGGGUUUGGCCAGCUGAGCAGAGUCAGCCUCUGGAAGAUCAAAGACAAUCCGCUGAUCCAGCCCCCCUAUGAGGUCUGUAUGAAGGGCAUCCCUUAUAUUGCAGCCUACCAGAAGGAGCUGGCCCACUCACAGCCCGCUCUGAAGCCCCGCCUCAAGCUCGUGCUUAUGGGUCUGAAAAAUGCAGGCAAAACUCUGCUACGAAAGUGCCUCAUGGAGGAGGAGGAGGAGGAGGAACAAGGGCAAGGAGAUUCAUCCCUAAGUGCAGCCAACAAGGAUUCAGGGAAAGCCCGGGCCAGGGGGUGCUUCAUGCAGCCCCAGAGAGACCUGCCCCAGCCCCCGUGCCCCAGAACACAGCCAGAUCACUGCCCCAUUGUUGAGCAACCGGAGGCUUCACCACUGCUGGCUUCACCCCUGAAAUGUUCUCAUUUUGGAUAUAUUUCCUCUGAGCAGUGGGAUAUGAUCUUCAGUUCAUCCCCAAAAGCUGCGGGACAGACUCAGGUAGGAUGCUUUGCUGCUGAGCGUCAGGAUGAAGCUUCACGGCCCCCUUCACCCAAAAUAAAUGGGGGGUCGCAUAUAGGCUAUUAUCCUCUGCCCCAGCCCAUUAUGCCCCCUGCGUCGUAUGCAGCAGGGCUGCUAGGCAGUAGCAAAGGCAUAGAGGUGGCUGAUUGGACGGCGGACGCAGAGAGGGGCCUGACCUUCAUAGUCUAUGAGCUGGCAGGAGACCCAAGUUACGAUGUGAUCCAGCCCUUCUUCCUCUCCCCUGGAGCCCUCUAUGUGCUGGUGGUGAACCUGAGCACUUAUGUGCCGCAGUGUUUCUAUCCUUCCGUGGGACACUUCCUUCACUGGCUGGGGGCAAAGGUGCCACAUGCCGUGGUGUGCAUGGUAGGAACCCAUGCUGACCUGUGUGCUGAGAGGGAGGUGGAGGAGAAGUGCUUAGACAUCCACCGUCAGAUUGCCUGGCAGGAGAAAUGUGAUUAUGAGGGCCUGCAGAGCUUGGCCCAACAGGUGGAUGAAGCCCUGGGGCAGGAUUUUGAUCUGCGCUGCUCCAGUCCCCAUGUUGCCUUCUACGGAGUGUCAGACAAAAACCUCCGGCGCAAGAAAGCGCAGUUCCAGUAUCUGCUCAACCAUCGGCUGCAGAUUCUCUCUCCAGUGUUGCCCAUUAGCUGCUGGGAUUGCUGCCAGGUACGCCGUUUGCGAGAGAAGCUCCUUUCCGUGGCAGAGCACAGAGACAUCUUCCCCAAUUUGCAUCGGGUGCUGCCCAGGUCUUGGCAAGUGCUGGAGGAACUGCAUUUCCAGCCACAAGCUCAGCAGCUGUGGCUCACCUGGUGGGACUCCGCUCGGCUUGGCCUGCAGGCAGGACUGACUGAGGACCGUCUCCAGAGCGCCCUUUCCUACUUGCACGAGAGUGGCAAGCUGCUCUACUUCGAGGAGCAUCUGACCCUGCGAGAAUAUGUUUUCCACAACUUGCCCAGACUCAUUGAUAUCCUCAACGUCUUCUGCCAGCGGGACGCGACAGUGUUACUCCAGAAGCUGCUGAGCAAUACCCACACGGACGAGCUGAAGGCCGCGCAGCUGCACCACUACGUGGAAGGGUUCUUGCUGCACGGACUGCUCCCGGCCCAUGUUAUUCGCCUGCUCCUGAGGCCCCAUAUCCAGAGCAGAGAAGACCUGCAGCUUAUCCUGGAGCUGUUGGAAAAGAUUGGCCUUUGCUACUGUGUCAAUAAGCCCAAAUCCAAACCCUUGAAUGGGGCUACUGCAUGGUACAAGUUCCCCUGCUAUGUGAAGAAUGAGAUGCCCCACGCAGAGGCAUGGAUCAAUGGUACCAACCUGGGUGGACAGUCCUUUGUUGCUGAGCAGCUGCAGAUUGAAUACAGCUUCCCCUUCAUCUUUCCACCUGGGCUGUUUGCCCGCUACAGCGUCCAGAUUAACAGCCACGUGGUUCAGCGAUCUGAUGGGAAAUAUCAGAUCUACGCAUACAGGGGAAAGGUACCUGUAGUAGUAAGUUACAGGCCUGCCAAAGGCAGCCAGCAGCCCGAUACUUUAUCUAUUGCUAGUCAUGCAUCCCUACCAAAUAUAUGGACAGCCUGGCAAGCCAUAACCCCGCUAGUAGAAGAACUCAAUGUCCUGCUUCAAGAAUGGCCAGGCCUGUACUAUACUGUGCAUGUCCUCUGUUCCAAGUGCCUUAAAAGAGGGUCGCCCCACCCGCAUACCUUUCCAGGAGAAUUGCUGAGUCAGCCAAGGCCAGAGGGAUUGACUGAGAUCAUCUGUCCGAGGAAUGUUAAUGAGCGAGUAAAUGUAGCUCUCGUUUACCCCCCCACGCCGACAGUGAUCAGCCCUUGUUCCAAGUGACCUCUGGAAGACGCCUGCCUUUCCCAAAACAAGGACACACCAAACACCCCUUAAUCAAACAUGCCCUUGCUAAGCAUUUUUGGAGAUGUGCAGCCCAGGAGUGGUUCAGAUUAUUCAUGGGCCAGGAUAUCACAGCUUGGGAAAUAAAGAUUAAUGGGAGCAGGUGUGCUGAAGGCUGCACUUUGGGCUGGACAUAAAUCUGCAGUUUGCCGGAAUUCAUCCUUACCACAAGCUGGAGUUGUGCGUUCCCAAGAACUCUGCAAUGGCUUAUGAAGCAGGAAAUGCAGCAAACCUUCCCAUCCUGACUUACUGGUGAACUUGCAUACAGUACAGUCUGAAGGCUCUGGAUGGUUUUACUUGCUUCACAAGUACCAAAACAAGAGCAUUGUAGGCUGAAGGCAAUGCACUGGGAUUGAGGAGUCUGUGGACCUGUCCUUGUUCUUUGGACCCAUCCAUGAAUGUAAGAUUUUUCUCAGUGUAAUCACCAUUCAGAUGCACCUGAAGAAAUAUCUAAUGGAAAGGAAGUGUUGGUGGUUCCCAUGCAGUUUCCCCAUAGGAAGAAAUGAACAAUUCUGUGGCUGCAAUGUGUUUUGGAAAAGGACAUCAAAUCAAAACUGGAAAAUACCUCUUCUUCUGAAUGACACAUUCCCAGGGGACUGAACAUAUAACUUAAAAAAUCCAAAACUGAAAUGGUUUUUAAAGUAAUAUAUUUACUUACAGAUGGAAGAUGGACUAAAGGACUCAUUGCUUGACCUUCAGCCUCAAGUCAUUCUCUUGCAAAGAGCUGCUUGCCAGCAGAAUGGACUGAAAAGCUUCUCAGGGAUUAUGUUCAGUGUAAAAGCCACAACUGCAGUCCAGGACAGCAGUAAUGGGGGCACUCCGUUUCCAAGUCUCUCAAAUGUGAAAGAGUGGUCUGCUGUUCAAGAUACUUCAGUACACACAACACAGACAGUGAGGAUUGGCUGGCAGAGUGCCUCUUUUGGAACCAAUUAUGGAGGACCUCUGCCAGUUCUGGGAAGAGGGUGAGGUUUUGCUCUGCAAAGCACAAGAAUCAAUCAAGCCAUUCCACUUAUCUGCUGGAGAAUUGCCCUUGUUCUCAGUCAUAUUUUCUAUUCCUAGAUUCUGCAACAGGAAAAGCAGUUUCCUGGAUAUAUAUCACUGUGCUGCCAAAGCAAAUGUGUGUUGUUGUGUUUAACUCUCCUAAGAGUUCACGUCAACCCAUCUUUGUAAUCCACAUCUGGAAGGGCAGGAAAAGGGGUGUUGGUGGAGCAUGGAUGCAUUCUUGUUCAGCAAAGGGCAUGGGGGCUAUACUUACGGCUGUCUGUUAAUUCUCCAUAUUGCAGCACAGGCAUUUUUACAAAAAGGAAAAGACAAAAAAUAUUAUCACGGAGACAAAAAAAAAAACAAUAAAAGUCAUCUUAAGCUUAA